AUGGGAUCUUUUGAUUUGCUGGUUGAGGUUUUCUUGCCCAGGUUGAGUCCUGAUAACUUGGCUCUUCUAGCAAUGGUGGCACGGAAUAUAUGGCAUAGAAGGAACUCUUUGGUUUUUGAGGGCAAGUUCAAGCAUCUGAAUGAUGUUUUCUUUGAGACAACAAAAGCCUUGGAGGAGUUUAAACGAUGUAACAAUGUCUCUAGACCACCUGAUCGGGUUGCAGAAGGGAUAACUAAUUCUUGGUUGCCUCCUCCCUCAGGUUGUGUCAAGAUUAACUGGGAUGCCAUUUUAAAUAUAAAUAUGGGGUUCAUUGGACUGGGUUGCAUAGCUCGGGAUUGGAUGGGGAAUUUCUUAGGAGCUAAGUAUACCUUCCAACAAACCAUGGUGGAGCCAAAAAUGGCAGAGGCCAUAUCUGCAAUCCAUGCUAUUCAGUUUGCUAUCACCGAAGGUUUCUCGAAUGUUGUAUUUGAAGGGGACUCUUUACAGCUUAUUCAAUAUAUCAAUUUGGCUUCUCCCCUCCUAAAUUCUACUGAGCACUACGUAGACAGUAUUAAGCAUAUGCAAAUGGUUUUCAACUCGUCCAGGUUUGCUCACUGUAAAAGGGAGGCUAAUGGGGUGGCACAUCUUUUGGCAAAGGAGGUUGCUAUUCAAUUUGUUGAUUGUACUUGGACUGAAACUCCUCCUAUAAUUUGUAACUUGCUUUGUUGGGAACGUUUCUCUCCCUAG